AUGACGAUCCCCGGCCGGGAUCCGCUGAACAGGAACGUGAUGAGCUGGGUCAUGACCAACGUGAUACAAUAUCGGGGCAUACGGUCCUUUACCGCGCGCACGCAGAUCCAAGCCGGGGACGCGGCGGACAGGGCGGCCUUGCUGAAAAAGAAGCGUCGAGACCUUCAAUACCUGCCUCAUUUUGAAACCACCUGGUUCUGGCACGGCGGCAGUCUUUUCGUCGUCAGGCGCUCGCUUGACAGCUUCAGUGCGUCUAUGGGCGACCCUGGCUACGACGGCGUUGGCGGGGAAGAGCUCACAGUCGGCUGCCUCGGGCGAUCUACGGGGCCCAUCAAAAAGCUCAUCCAGAGUUGCCAGGAGUAUGCGGACGAGCAGACGCAGUUCUUCGUCAUCAUAUAUGCUCGUGAUCGCUAUGGGAUGUCCUGGCAGCCCAAAUCGCGCAAGCCCGUUCGUCGACUGGAGACAGUCCAUUUCGAUGACGAAGUCAAACAAGAACUCCUGGCCGACAUCAGGAAGUACCUCGACCCGAGCACGAAGCGGCUUUACCAGAGCCGAAGUAUGCCUUACAGAAGAGGGUACUUGUUCUACGGACCGCCUGGCACAGGGAAAUCGUCUUUAUCUACUGCCCUGGCCGGGGAGUUUGGCCUCGACCUUUACGAGAUGUUCCAAGAGGUUCCCCCUCAGUGCAUCGUCCUCUUGGAGGACAUUGAUGCCAUCUGGACAGAUCGCGAGUCGCAAAAGGACGAGACUAAGAAUGCUGCGAGGUCGAAUUGUACAUUGUCUGGUCUACUCAACGUCUUGGAUGGUGUCGGCUCCCAAGAGGGUCGCAUCGUGAUCAUGGCCACGAACAAACCAGAGAGGCUUGACAGUGCCCUGGUUCGACCCGGCCGCGUCGACAUGAAGGUCCGCCUCGGAAACAUCAGUCGGGAGUUAGCGAGGCAGAUGUUCAUUCGCAUGUUUGCUCCGGACAACAUGAGCCUCCUUGUGGCAGCUAGGAACGGCAAAGAAGAUUCCAGUGCGAGCGAUGAUCUACCCGUUCUGCCCAGCCAGUUAGAGCAGCUUGCCUUCGAGUUUUCUACGCACAUCCCUGAGAACACUCUCACUCCUUCGCAGCUCCAGGGCUUCUUCCAACUUUAUUUGACCAGCGCUGUCGAGGCGUGCUCGAGUAUUUCCGAUUGGGUUCGGAGGGAAAUGUCUAGGAUGUCUUUGGAUGUAGACAUCGAGAUCGUUGGCGAUGGUGAUGCUCAAUGA